AUGGCUAUCCGCCUGCCUCGUAUUAUCAGCUCUAAGAAAGUUCCCAAAGGCUACUUUGCAGUUUAUGUUGGAGAAAACCAGAAGAGGUUCGUGAUACCAGUUUCGUUCGUGAUACCAGUUUCAUUCUUGAACCAUCCUUCAUUUCAAGAUUUUCUAGACAUGUCACAAGAAGAGUUCAGAUAUAGUCAUCCUACCGGUGGUCUGACAAUUCCCUGCAACGAAGACACCUUUCUCGAAGUUACCUCUCGCAUAAGCAUUCGUCUAUCAAAAACAACAAUGGCUAUCCGCCUGCCUCGUAUCAUUAGCUCUAAGAAAGUUCCCAAGGAAUACUUUGCAGUUUACGUUGGAGAAAACCAGAAGAGGUUCGUGAUACCAGUGUCAUUCUUGAACCAGCCUUUAUUUCAAGAUUUGCUUGGCAUGUCAGAAGAAGAGUUCGGAUAUAGUCAUCUAACCUGCGGUCUCACAAUUCCCUGA